CAUUUGAAAAUCAGUUUCUGACGCAGUGGAGGGAACGUUUGUAAUUCGGUAUUUGUAUACGGACAAGAAGGCAACGGCGUCGCGGAAUUAAACUACAACAUCGCAACAUGAUUAGGCAAGCGAAGGGCAAGACCCCCCGCCGCCCCCCUCCAAAAAAGCCUUCCAACAACCAGAAGGACCCUGUUGGAGUGUAUUGUCGCGUGCGGCCACUGGGUGCAGAAGAUGUGGAGUGCUGUAUUGAGGUUAUAAGCAACACCACCAUUCAGUUACAUGCCCCUGAUGGGCUCAAAGCCAACAGAAAUGGUGAAUUCAAAGAGACACAAUAUUCCUUCAAAAAAGUGUUUGGAAUUAAAACGACACAGGGGGAAUUAUUUGAAGAUGUUGCCAAACCUCUAGUAGAAGACAUCAUUCACUGUAAAAAUGGUCUGUUGUUCACCUAUGGUGUCACUGGCAGUGGUAAAACUUAUACAAUGACUGGCUCACCUGGUCAAGGUGGGCUGCUUCCGCGUUCACUCGACAUGAUCUUCAAUAGCAUCGGACCCUACCAGGCCAAGAGAUAUGUUUUCAAGCCUGAUGAUAAAAAUGGCAUGGAGGUGCAGAAUCAGGUGGAUGCGCUCUUGGACCGACAGAAGCGAGACAGCCAGACAACUGUACCGAAGACCCCAACAACAAGGCGAAUUGACCCUGAGUUUGCUGACAUGAUCAGCCCAGAGGAGGCUUGUAAGGCAGAUGGAGUGGAUGAAGACAGCAGCUACAGUGUCUUUGUCUCCUACAUUGAGAUUUACAACAACUACAUCUAUGAUCUUUUGGAAGAGACUCCCAUUGACCUAAUAAAACCCAAAACCACUGAACAGCACUUAUUGUUUUGUUCCCUUUUUCAGGAUAAGAAUCAGGUGAAUGUGAGCCAGUUGUGUCUGGUGGAUCUGGCUGGCAGUGAACGCACUAGCAGAACCCGAGCAGAGGGCAGCCGUCUCCGUGAGGCAGGCAACAUCAAUCAAUCUUUAAUGACUCUGCGCACUUGUAUUGAAGUGCUAAGGGAGAAUCAGAUGUGUGGCACAAACAAGAUGGUUCCGUACAGAGACUCCAAAGUGACCCAUCUAUUCAAGAACUACUUUGAUGGAGAAGGCAAAGUGAGGAUGGUUGUGUGUGUAAAUCCAAAAGCUGAUGAUUAUGAGGAGACCUUGCUGGUGAUGCGCUUUGCUGAGAUGACUCAGGAGGUUGAAGUGGCCCGGCCCGUUGACAGGCCCAUCUGUGGCUUCGCUGCUGGUCGCCGACAGAGAAACCAGGCCUUCAAAGAGGAGCUUACCCGCAGGCUGGAGGAACGUGGUGGUCCUAUAGAUAGAGAGUCUCCAACAGUAUUGAACCAGCUGCUCCAGUCCUUCCCUCCACUUCCUCCCUGUGAGCUCUCUGGGCCUAACGAUGAUGUUACACUGCCCAGACUCAUUGAGGCCCUGGAGAAGAGACACAAAAUUCGACACAUGAUGAUUGAGGAGUACAAUAAAACUGCCAAAAUGCUGAAGUCUGUGCUUCAAGAGCAGGACAGCAACCUGCUCUCCAAGGAAAACUUUAUCCAAGAGCAACGUGGCAAGCUUGGUGAAAGGGAAAAAAUGAUCCAAAACCAGAAGAAUGAGAUUGAUCGUCUGGAAAAGAAAUCCAAGAUGCUGGAAUACAAGAUUGACAUUCUACAGAAAACUACCAACAUCUAUGAAGAGGACAAGCGAUCUCUACAGCAGGAACUGGAGAGCAGAGAACAGAGGCUGCAAAGGGAAAUGUCUGAAAAGAGACGCAUGGAAACACGCAUGCAAGGCAUUGUCACUGACGCCAAGCUUAAGUGGGAGAAGGAGUGUGAGAGGCAGGUAAAUGCCAAGCAGCUGGAAAUGCAGAAUAAGCUGUGGGUGAAGGAUGAGAAACUCAAACAGCUCAAAGCCAUCGUGACUGAGGGAAAGACGGAGAACCGGCAGCCACAGCGGCCCUCCAGAGAAAAGGACAAAGUGCCUGCCAAGAGAUCCGCUUCCCCGUCGCCUGUUCCUACUGGGCCACCGGUUCGGCCUCUACACAGACGCUCGCACUCCGCAGGUGGGGAGAGGUGGGUUGAUCAUAAACCCACCACUAACGUGGACCUGGAUACAGUUCUGCAGCCAAACAUCCCCAAUGCCAUCAAAGUGAAUGCUCCCAAUGAGAAAGCUCUGUCCAAGUGUGACAAGUAUGUUCUGACGCACCAGGAAGUUGCAUCAGAUGGAGAGAUCCAGACCAAGCUAAUCAAGGGUGAAGUGUUCAAAACUAGAGGUGGAGGACAGGCUGUUCAGUUCACAGAUAUCGAAACGCUCACGCAGGAAAACCCCGUUGCGGCCAGAAAGUUCAGAAUAAGGCCUCUAAUGCAUCUGCAAAAUGUUUUUCUGUUACAGAUUGACAUUCUACAGAAAACUACCAACAUCUAUGAAGAGGACAAGCGAUCUCUACAGCAGGAACUGGAGAGCAGAGAACAGAGGCUGCAAAGGGAAAUGUCUGAAAAGAGACGCAUGGAAACACGCAUGCAAGGCAUUGUCACUGACGCCAAGCUUAAGUGGGAGAAGGAGUGUGAGAGGCAGGUAAAUGCCAAGCAGCUGGAAAUGCAGAAUAAGCUGUGGGUGAAGGAUGAGAAACUCAAACAGCUCAAAGCCAUCGUGACUGAGGGAAAGACGGAGAACCGGCAGCCACAGCGGCCCUCCAGAGAAAAGGACAAAGUGCCUGCCAAGAGAUCCGCUUCCCCGUCGCCUGUUCCUACUGGGCCACCGGUUCGGCCUCUACACAGACGCUCGCACUCCGCAGGUGGGGAGAGGUGGGUUGAUCAUAAACCCACCACUAACGUGGACCUGGAUACAGUUCUGCAGCCAAACAUCCCCAAUGCCAUCAAAGUGAAUGCUCCCAAUGAGAAAGCUCUGUCCAAGUGUGACAAGUAUGUUCUGACGCACCAGGAAGUUGCAUCAGAUGGAGAGAUCCAGACCAAGCUAAUCAAGGGUGAAGUGUUCAAAACUAGAGGUGGAGGACAGGCUGUUCAGUUCACAGAUAUCGAAACGCUCACGCAGGAAAACCCCGUUGCGGCCAGCCGUAAGAGACGAUCAUCAGAGACAGGCCCAGAUGGUGAGCCUAUGGAAGGAGACUGGACUGAUGUGGAGACGAGGUGCUCUGUGGCAUUGGAGAUGAGAGCUGGCUCAAACCUGGGACCUGGAUACCAGCAUCACGGAUAUCCAAAACGCAGAAAGCCUUGAGACUGCUCUAGUAUUGUCAUCACAGCAGAGUCCUUUCCUCUCUAAGCCUCUUAUCACUGUGUGCAAUAGCAAAUUCACUUUAUAAUAUUUAACUUUUUUUUUUAAAAAUGCUUUUAUGGAAAAACUUUUUUUUAUAGAAGACUACACAAGUUCACCAAAGCUGUUUUUGUACUGCAUUUUCUACCUGGGUGUUGACAUGUAAAAUUCACAUUUGGUGUAAGUGUGGGUCUGGGUGGGUUUCAAAACAAAAAUGUUACAAAUGUUUUCUAACUGUCUCAAGCACAUUAGGUAUUUGUUUUUAUAUAUAUAUAUAUAUAUAUAUAUAUAUAUGUUGAUGUGUACUUCUCUUGCAUUUGGACAGUUGGGACAAUCAAAGCAUCUGCUGUUUCUUUAAAAAUCCUUUAGUAAAAGUCAUUUUCAUGACUUUAGUAGGCAGCACCUGGGAACAGCACUCUUUCCAUGUAGUUUCAUUUGUAUGACAUUGCUGCAGACAAAACUGUUAAUAA